CACCAGCCGAGCCCACUGACACAAACCACCAACACCCAGAGCACGAUCUAUGGAAAUAUGUAGUUAGCUCGCACAGUUUCAGCAUAUCUUGAAAACAGGGGGUUUUGGUGGACCUGAGCAGCUGCAUGGAACAUUAACAUGGGAGGCCAUGACGAUGAAGACAUGUCAUAUGUUGCGAAUAAACAAAAGCAAGAUGAGGAGUUAAAGAACAAGCUGAACGAUAGCAGCCACUGGUGCGAGCAGGAGUCCACUGGCAACAAUGCCAAGUCCAAGUGGCUGAAGGAAGGCCAGAACCAGCUGAGGAAGGUAGCCGAGAACCAGCAGGAUCAGGACCACAACUGCAAUAUCAGCCAGAAUGGGAACAAGGAAGACUUCCCACAUCUUAAUACCACUCAGGAAGAACAACAGGGAAAUGAGGAGCAAACCAAGUCUCCCAAAAUAGCAAUGACACCUGGUCUCAGCCAGGAAGAGUCCAAGAACAUCCUUAAUGAGCAGCUCCUCAUCGAAACUCUGGAGUCGACAGAGGAGAAGGAAAAAGAGAGAGAAGAGGACGACACAGAGAAGGAGGAGAAGUUGGAGGAGAAUGGAGAGAUAUCGGGUGAUGAUACCAGCGGAGAGAAAGUGGCAGAGCAAAAGAGUAAUGGGGAGAGUCAGAGAGAGGGCAGCGUUGGUGGAAGGAACGCCUGCCUCCUCUUCUCCAACAUGAACGGGACGCCGAGUGACGAAGAGCCGAGCUGGCCUGCAGUGUCUCAGGACAAUACGGCCGACAGCUCUCCAAAUGGCAACAGAGAGUCCUUCUGGGACUCCAGUGCUUUUGAGACUGACACAGACCUCCCCUCUGGUUGGAUGAGGGUGAGAGAUACAUCAGGCACGUACUACUGGCACAUCCCCACAGGCACCACCCAGUGGGAGCCUCCUUCCCCUCUGGGUAAAGUUGGGGACUCAAUGAUGUCCUCUACUAUGUCCCUGGAGACUACACCGUGUGAGGAGAAUGAGGAAUCUUGGGCUAAUCUUUCCAGCACAGAUGAAGGAGCCUGUGAAGGGGAGCUGUGGAAGGAGGAGGCAGAGGUUGCAUCUGAUCAAAGUCUGAAGGAGUUUGAAGGGGCAACUCUGCGCUAUGCAUCCAUCAACUUAAACUACAAUUGUUCCCAGUCUGAUGAAGAAGAGAAGCUCGCUCCACUCUGCACAGAUUUAGAGACUAAGUGCUUUGCAGUGCGCUCUCUGGGCUGGGUGGAGAUGUCUGAGGAGGACAUGGCACCAGGCAAGAGCAGCAUCGCUGUCAACAACUGCAUCAGACAACUCUCUUAUCACAAACACAACAUUCACGACACCGCUGGUAUCUGGGGAGAGGGUAAGGAUAUGCUGAUGGUGCUGGAGAAUGACACCAUGAACUUGAUCGACCCACUGGGCCAGACACUGCUUCAUGCUCAGCCAAUUGGCAGCAUCCGUGUUUGGGGUGUAGGCCGAGACAAUGGCAGGGAUUUUGCUUAUGUGGCUCGAGACAACCUGACCCAGGUUCUGAAGUGUCACGUUUUCCGCUGUGACUCACCUGCCAAGAAUAUUGCCACCAGCUUACAUGAGAUGUGUUCAAAGAUAAUGAUGGAGAGGAAGGCAACCAAGCCAGGGGUGAGCAGGCUGGACUCUGACCCGGGUAAACCUGGACUCGUCCCUGUUGAAGAGUUUCCUGCUCCAAAAAAUGAACUCUUCCAGCGUUUCAAUGUUUAUUACCUUGGUAGCGAGCCUGUGGCGAAGCCCGUGGGUAUGGAUAUUAUCAACGAUGUGCUAGAGGCAGCCAUGGAUGGCAAAGAUAAAAGUGAUUGGACUCCUGUCUCCGUGAAUGUCGCACCUGCCACCCUCACGAUACUUUCAAGACAGGAUGAGGAGGUGCUGUCAGAGUGCAGGGUGCGUUUCCUGUCCUUCAUGGGUGUGGGGAAGGAUGUUCACAGCUUUGCUUUCAUCAUGGCAGAGGGUCCCAGAGACUUCACCUGCCACAAGUUUUGGUGCGAACCCAAUGCUGCCAGUCUGAGUGAGGCUGUACAGGCUGCUUGCAUGCUUCGCUACCAGAAAUGUUUGGAUGCACGUCCACCCAGCCUAGCCUCAUGUCUGCCCACUCCUCCCUCUGACUCUGUGGCUCGGCGGGUCAAGAAGGGGGUCCAGAGUCUCCUGGGCAGCUUUAAGAGCUACAGGUCAGGCUCUCAAUCCCCCUGAGUUGGAGCUCGAAUGAUCCACAGUCCAUUAAAUACAAGGUCCAUUACAAAAAAUCCCCCUUCUCACUCUCACAUCUGCUCUCAUCCUUCUGCCACAGUUUCUGCCUUAUGACCGUUUCACUUGUCUAGUCACUAGUCUCGUGGUGCGUGGAGUAGUUUGUGGGGAAAACGUGUGACUGAAAAGAUAGCAUUUAUUUCCUUUUUUGGGUUUUUACUUUAUACAACAAUUUUAAACUCAUCUCCAGACAGAUGAAACCCUGGCAUCUAUAUUUUCUUGGCUGGGAUUCUUUCUGUGAUCUUAACUAUUUUUGUGUUUUAACAGAAACAAUGCUAUGAAUGUUGGAUAUGGAUGUAAUAUAUUUUACAUGCUAAAAGACGCUAAAAUAUGAUUGAAAAAGAGGUCGCUAGAUUGAAAUCGUCUCGUUCCCUUUUUCUCCUCGGUGCAAUUAUCAUCUCUAACACUUCUCCUUUUCUACUGUCUAAAGAAGAAGGUACUGUAAUGCAGUUUUGGAUUUCAGAUGGUGUCAAGCAUCCUAAUGUUUGUUUUUCUAAAAGAAUCAUUGCACCUCUCUACCACCUUUUAGGAUGUAAUACGAGCACUGUACGCGCCUCAGUAGUGUGCCACGUAGUUCAAUGUCUCUGACCCUCCCAAACAUGUAAUUUAGUCUUCCAAAGAGCUGUAUGGUCAUCUGUCACAUCGUGAGCAACCACUGAUUUGAGUGUAGUGCGUUUCUCAUACAGUCUGCAUGAACAUUUGCAAGUUCAGUGCUAGUGUGCAAUAAACAGAUGUUCCUGUAUGGUGUGGUGAUAAGAUGGCUGCCAUGUGAUUAUGUGUUAAUCAGAGAGCCUGGCUUGAUUGCGUGCAAGGCUAAUGGAACAACAGAGCCAUGUUGAAAAAAAUCAUUGUUGUGUGAUAGAAAUAAUAGUAAUAAGAAAUACAAACUCUGGGUUUUUCACACAGCCGUUUACCGCCACCAACUACUGAAUAGUACUGUAGAACCUCACCACAAGCUGCAUGUUUUUAUAGCUUAGAGUUAUUGCUGCUUGCGGCAGUUUAGUGCUUAAGACCCAUCAAUGUAUCCUGUAAAUUCUUUCUGUGUUUCUGUAUGGUAAGAGGAGGCUGGUGUGUUGUUCUCGUGUUUCCUAGGCAUGUCACUCUACUAAGUGUCAGUGUUAAUCAUAAGCUAGCAGUAGAACAUUUAGAAGAUGAGAGCAGGUUAAUGUUUGUAUUUGCAGUUUGUGUAUAUGGGAAACCUAGAGAUGACUUCUCCAGUGGUUUACAUUUUUAUUUUUUUCCCUGCCACAUUUUGACGUGUGGGCCGUGGCCACUCCAGUUAAUGUAUUUUUAUUAUUUCAACACACUAAAAAUGUACACAAGUAAGAUGAUUUUCACAUUAUUAGAUUUACUUUUUAUAAAGAACACACUAAUUAGCCAAGUUGUAUUUUAUCUUUAUGUAUAUGUAAGUGAUUAAUAAUGUAUGUAGCACAAUAGUACUAAACAUCUCUACUAUUAAAGACGCAGUUUGUAAGAUUUUGGUAACUUUGACCUCUGCAGGGCAUUUCUUUGGUAGCUGCUUAAUAAACACCCUCAGGCUGACUGACUUCACUAUAAAGAGAUAAAAACAAACCACAUCAAAGUGUGUUGUCUUAUGAAUUACAAUUAUUUCAGAGAUUUAUCAAUUAAUGAAAUUACAACAAAAUACUGUGGAAAGGAAUGCGUAGACAUGUACCAAAAAAAGACAUGUUUGAAAGAGUGAUUACUAAAUACUUUAAACAGAUAACAUCAUGCUGAGUUUUUUUGUUUUUUUUGUUUUAAAGAGAGGCUAUGUGUUAAUUUGUUUGAGUCUUACUUGUGUGUAAUGUUGUUAAACCUCCAUGGUUCUGAGAUUUUAAUCAAAUGUCAUCUACCUGCUAUUACCGGCUGUUACAUUUCCUAGAAACUUCU